GGUCACGUGGUGCCCCUGGUUACGCCCGGUGGCAGCUGUGGGGUCUAGGGCGCAGACGGGGGCCAUUUUGCCAGAGGCUGCCUCCCGGAGUUGGGGGCGGCCUGGCGGCAGGUUGAAGCUGUUCUUUUUCCUCUUCUGCAGUUUGGGCCUUGGAGAGGAUCUGGAAGUCUGGGCUCCAUCUAGCCCGUCAGAGACGGCAAUGGUUUCUUCCAGCCACCGCCACCUGACGACCCUGCAUGGCGGCUGCGCCCUCCGCCCUGCUUCUGCUGCCGCCCUUUCCAGUCCUCUGUGCCUAUCAGCUCCAGAGACGCAGUCGUCCUUCCGCCUCAGAGACUGAUAGUCGAGUUGGGGGCAUUAUGAGAGGAGAGAAAAACUACUACUGCCGUGGAGCUGCGGGGGACCACGGUUCCUGCCCCACUACAACCUCCCCUCUGGCCUCGGCCGUCUUGAUGCCCUCGGAGGCAGCCUCUAGCAGCUGGUCUGGGUCUGGAGGCAGUUUGUCUGGGGGAGAUGAAGAGGAGACUCGGCUCCGUCAACUCCUCCGCACCGCGCCGGAUCCUUCUGAGGCCUUUCAGGCUUUGCAAGCUGCUUUACCGAGGCGGGGCGGUCGACUUGGCUUUCCCCGACGCAAGGAAGCUUUGUAUCGGGCACUGGGCCGAGUGCUUGUGGAAGGAGGUAGUGAUGAGAAGCGACUCUGCAUGCAAUUUCUCUCAGACGUUCUCCGGGGUCAGGGGGAGGCAGGCCAGCUGGAAGAGGCCUUUAGCUUAGCACUUUUGCCUCAACUAGUUGUCUCGUUACGGGAAGAGAAUCCAGCCUUGCGGAAAGAUGCGCUGCAGAUCCUGCACAUAUGUCUGAAACGUAGUUCUGGAGAGGUGCUGAGAACGCUUAUACAGCAAGGACUGGAAAGUACCGAUGCCCGACUUAGAGCUUCCACAGCACUGCUGCUCCCCAUCUUGCUUACUACUGAGGACUUGUUACUUGGUCUGGAUCUCACUGAGGUGAUAAUAUCCCUAGCCCGAAAGCUUGGUGAUCAGGAGACAGAAGAAGAAUCUGAGACAGCUUUCUCCGCACUUCAACAAAUUGGGGAGCGACUUGGCCAAGACAGAUUUCAGUCUUAUAUUUCUCGUCUGCCCUCUGCCCUGAGGAGACACUACAACCGCCGCCUGGAGUCCCAGUUUGGAGGUGAGGUUCCUUAUUAUUUGGAACUUGAAGCCUCAGGAUUUCCUCAAGAUCCCCUUCCCUGUCCAGUGACUCUUUCCAACAGCAAUCUUAAAUUUGGGAUUAUUCCUCAGGAGCUGCAUUCACGGUUGUUGGAUCAGGAAGACUAUAAGAACCGGACUCAGGCCGUCGAAGAACUAAAGCAGGUGCUGGGAAAAUUUAACCCUAGUUCUACUCCUCAUUCUAGUCUUGUUGGCUUCAUUAGUUUGCUAUAUAAUUUGUUAGAUGAUUCUAACUUCAAAGUGGUCCAUGGCACACUUCAGGUCCUGCAUUUACUGGUUACUCGCCUUGGAGAGCAGGUACAGCAGUUUUUGGGACCAGUUAUAGCAGCUUCUGUCAAAGUGCUGGCAGACAACAAGUUGGUGAUUAAACAAGAAUACAUGAAAAUCUUCCUCAAGCUAAUGAAGGAAGUAGGACCUCAGCAGGUUCUUUGUUUACUCCUGGAACAUCUCAAGCAUAAGCAUUCCAGAGUGAGAGAGGAGGUGGUGAACAUAUGCAUCUGCUCCCUGCUGACCUAUCCUAGUGAGGAUUUUGACUUGCCCAAACUGUCCUUUGAUCUAGCCCCAGCUCUUGUAGAUAGCAAACGCAGGGUACGCCAAGCAGCUUUAGAAGCUUUUGCUGUAUUGGCAUCAUCAAUGGGCUCAGGUAAAACCAGCAUCCUUUUUAAAGCUGUGGAUACUGUUGAACUGCAAGAUAAUGGAGAUGGAGUGAUAAAUGCUGUGCAGGCCAGACUGGCUAGGAAAACCUUACCAAGGCUAACAGAGCAGGGAUUUGUGGAAUAUGCAGUACUCAUGCCAUCUUCUGCCCAGGAUAGGUCAAACCAUUUGGCAUAUGGAGCAGAUACUGACUGGCUUCUGGCUGGUAACAGAACUCAGAGUGCACACUGCCACUGUGGUGACCACAUGAGGGAUAGCAUGCAAAUUUAUGGAUCUUACAGUCCAACUAUUUGUACCCGAAGGGUAUUAAGUGCAGGAAAAGGAAAAAAUAAAUUACCAUGGGAAAAUGAGCAGCCUGGAAUCAUGGGAGAAAACCAGACUUCCACUUCCAAGGAUAUAGAGCAGUUCUCAACAUACGAUUUCAUCCCAUCUCCAAAAUUAAAGCCCUCUCAAGGAAUGCCAGUCGAUGAUGAUUUAUGUUUCAGCAGAAAAAGAGUAUCAAGAAACUUAUUUCAGAAUAGUCGUGAUUUUAACCCAGAUUCUCUUCCUGUCUGUGCUGCUGAUACUACGGGGACUCAUCAAACAAAUCUUUCUGGGAAAUGUGCACAACUUGGGUUUUCACAAACAUGUGGUAAAACUGGCAGUGUGGAUUCUGACUUACAAUUCCUAGGGACAACUAGCAGUCAUCAAGAUAAAGGAGAAAAUUCUCAAGAAAAACCUUCAGUUCAGCUUACACCUGCUUUGGUGAGAUUACCAUCUUCCCGACGAGGCCUAAAUGGAACAAAGCCUGUUCCUCCUAUACCAAGGGGAAUAAGCCUGUUGCCUGAUAAAGCUGAUUUAAGCGCAGUGGGACACAAAAAGAAAGAGUCUGAUGACGUUUGGAAGUGUGAAAAAGAUAGUCUUCCAAUUGAUCUUUCUGAAUUAAAUUUCAAGGAUAAAGAUUUUGAUCAAGAAGAGAUGCAUAGCUCUCUUAGGUCCCUUCGUAAUAGUGCAGCUAAGAAAAGAGCAAAACUGAGUGGCAGUACUUCAGAUCUUGAAAGCCCUGAUUCUGCAAUGAAGCUCGACUUGACAAUGGACUCCCCGUCUCGGUCUUCGUCUCCAAACAUCAGUUCUUACAGUGAAAGUGGAGUUUACAGCCAAGAUUCAUUGACUUCUCUGUCUACAACUCCUCAGGGGAAGAGAAUAAUGUCAGACAUAUUUCCAACAUUUGUGUCAAAACCUUGUCCAACAAGACUUUCUUCUGCAAAGAAAAAAGCCUCUCAUAUUGCUGAACAAAGUCCCAGCACAGGAUUUGCAGGGUCAUCAACAAAUGCACAGCAAAUUUCCAGUUUUGACUUCACAUCCACAAAGACUUUAUCAGAAAACUCAGUAGUAGUUGUUGGAAAAGGCGUAUUUGGAAGUUUAAGUUCAGCACCAGCAACCUGCAGCCAAUCAAUGAUAUCUUCUGUGGAAAAUGGGGAUGCAUUUUCAAUUAAACAAAGUAUUGAACCACCAUCAGGGAUUUAUGGAAGAUCAGUCCAGCAACGUAUUUCAUCAUAUCUUGAUGUUGAGAAUGACAAAGAUGUUAAAGUUUCUAUUUCAAAAUCUACUUAUAACAAGAUGAGACAAAAGAGAAAAGAAGAGAAAGAACUGUUCCACAGUAAAGAUUGUGAAAAGAAGGAACAAAAUUCCUGGGAACGAAUGAAACAUAAAGGAACUGAGAAAAUGGCAUCUGAAAGCGAAACAUCUACUAGAGCCAUUUUGCAGUAUAAAGAAAGGAUGCCUUCUGUCACUCAUAGUCCAGAAAUAAUGGAUUUAUCAGAACUACGGCCAUUCUGUAAACCAGAAAUAGCACUGACAGAAGCCCUGAGGCUUUUAGCUGAUGAAGACUGGGAGAAGAAAAUUGAGGGACUGAAUUUUAUUAGAUGCUUAGCUGCUUUUCAUCCUGAGAUAUUGAGCACAAAAUUGCAUGAAACAACUUUUGCAGUUGUUCAAGAGGUGAAAAAUUUACGUUCUGGAGUUUCUCGUGCUGCUGUGGUCUGUUUAAGUGAUCUUUUCACUUAUUUGAAAAAGAGCAUGGAUCAAGAAUUAGAUACCACAGUAAAAGUUUUGUUGCACAAGGCUGGUGAAUCAAAUACAUUUAUAAGAGAAGAUGUUGACAAAGCAUUGAGAGCUAUGGUUAAUAAUGUAACUCCUGCACGUGCAGUUGUUUCUCUUAUCAAUGGCGGACAAAGCCAUUUACACAUUGCUGUAAGAAGGUGUACAGCCCAGCAUUUAUCAGAUGUAUUGGAAUUUAUGGAACCAGAACGUAUUUUAUCUGCAACAAAGGAUAUGGCUGAACGUAUAUUACCAGCUGCUGCUAAGUUUGCUCAAGACAGUUCACAAGAAACCAGGUUUUAUGGUCGAAAGAUGUUGUUCUUCAUGAUGUGUCAUCCUAACUUUGAAAAAAUGCUUGAAAAGUAUGUCCCAUCUAAAGAUUUUCCAUAUAUUAAGGAAUCUGUUAGAAACCUACGACAAAAGGGUUUGGGAGAGCUACCAUUGGAUACUCCUUCAGCAAAAGGAAGACGAUCUCAUACUAGCAGUGUUGGAAAUACAAGAUCAUCAUCUGUUUCCAGAGAUGCUUUCAAUUCAGCUGAAAGAGAGGUAACUGAAGUUCGUGAAGUCACCAGAAAAUCAGUCCCUCGUAAUUCCCUAGAAAGUGCUGAGUACCUUAAAGUCAUAACUGGUUUAUUAAAUGCAAAAGACUUUCGUGAUCGUAUUAAUGGGAUUAAGCAGCUUUUAUCAGAUACUGAAAAUAAUCAAGAGCUUGUUGUUGGAAACAUUGUGAAGAUUUUUGAUGCUUUUAAAUCUCGACUUCAUGAUUCUAAUAGUAAAGUAAAUCUGGUGGCUCUGGAAACAAUGCACAAAAUGAUUCCUUUACUUAGAGACCACUUAUCUCCUAUAAUCAACAUGCUAAUUCCGGCAAUAGUGGAUAACAAUCUGAAUUCCAAGAAUCCAGGCAUCUACACUGCUGCUACAAAUGUUGUUCAGGCACUGAGUCAGCAUGUAGACAAUUACUUACUUCUACAGCCAUUUUGCACAAAGGCUCAGUUUUUAAAUGGAAAAGCAAAACAGGAUAUGACGGAAAAGCUUGCUGAUAUUGUUAUGGAACUUUAUCAAAGGAAGCCACAUGCCACAGAACAGAAAGUAUUGGUUGUUUUAUGGCAUCUUUUAGGAAACAUGACAAAUAGUGGCUCUCUGCCUGGAGCUGGAGGAAAUAUACGAACAGCCACAGCUAAAUUAUCAAAAGCACUCUUUGCACAGAUGGGUCAGAAUCUGUUAAAUCAGGCUGCAUCUCAACCACCACAUAUCAAAAAGAGUUUAGAGGAAUUACUUGAUAUGACAAUUUUAAAUGAAUUAUGAAUCUUUGAUAAAAUAUGGUAUGAUGAACGAAAGUGUUUACAUGAUGACAAAUGGAACUUUCUAAAAGUUACAUUAUCAGUGCCUGCAGUUCACAGCCAGUAAAUUAAGUCAAUGGCUAUUUUUAUUUGCAGCCUAUGAGUACACAGCUGUCCUUUAUCAACCCUACCACUUGUACCCAUCACAUAAAAACCUAAAGUAUAUCAUUCAUGAAUGAGAAUUCAUGAAAUCUCAGGCACGUGGGAUGAAUUCAGUUUUAAUAUUUUUGAGAAAAGUCCUGCUCAUUUGCACUAUUCUAUACAAACUACAAUUUGUUGCCCUAUAUAUACAAUUAGAAUUAUAAUUAAAAAUAUACUUUUUAUUAUGUAAUCAUGUUCUGCUAUGUCUCAUUACUCAGCCUUAUUUUAUAACAUGGAAGUCACUGAACUAUGUUAUCACAAACUAAGUUUUGUAUAUUAUUUGUGAAAAACAUGUAUUUCUGAAUCAGUCCGCUAAUAUGAUUGUGCAGUAUUGGCUUGCUUUUGCUGCUGUGUUAAUAUAUUUGCUUACCUUUUGGGUUUAAUUAUCUACACAAUUGUGAAAUUUAACAAGAUAUAAUAAAGCAUGACAACCAAAGUUUUAGAAAACAUUAAACAUUUUAAAUGCACGUUUGAAAUACGUAUUGAAUGUAACCUCCCUAUUUUUGUGUGCGAACACUAAAUUUUAUUUCUUUAUGUUUUCACAUUUAUAAAGGUGUUAUUUUGCUGCCCAGUUGUGUAAUUCUCAAAAAUAGUGCCAGGUCUUCUAUAGGUUUUUUCAGAAUUCUUGGGCUUACAAGUACUGUAUGCAUCUUUAAAAAGAAAAGGAGUGUUAUAAAAUAAAAGGAUUUAUUUCUGUA